AUGGCCGCGACCUUGCCGCAUUAUCCUUAUAGCAUUUUGCCGUUGCAAGACGACCAAUGGAUGCGCAGCGUCAGGAAAAUCUGCAAAGUUCUGAGGCCGCAUUGGAAAGUAGAUGGUAUGCAGUUCAACUUCCUUAGUGGCGGCUACAUGAACAAGACCCUGUGCUGUUUGUGUCCUGAGAGCGAAGCGGGCGAAAACGAACGUCUGUUGUUCCGGAUAACUCUGAUCGAAGAUGAGCAGCUAAUUAAUAGGAAGGCGGAACUCGAAGCCCUACAGCUGAUGCAUGACCACUGCAACGGAUCUCAUUUAUAUUGCACAUUUGCCAAUGGACUCGUCUGCAGCUUCCUGCCAGGGUCCACGCUGAAUCCUAAACAGCUGGCUGAUCAAAAAAUAUCAAGACUUAUUUCGAAUUCGAUGGCUUCCAUGCACGCGUUGGCUGCUCACGUCGCAAAGUCGUUGUAUUUGGAGAAAACCGGCGAGCACUAUUUAGCGAACGUUAUGUCGCUUCUUGUCAGCAAGACGAUUAACGCCCCAUGUGACAUCUGGAAUCGAUUCAGGAAGUUAAAAUUUCCUUUAAGCAAGGCGCAACUUGCUGAGGAACACUCGUUUUGCAGUCAACUGUGUUUGCGGCUGAAGUCUGAAAUUGUAUUCUGCCACAAUGACCUCAAUAUGUACAACAUGAUUUACAACGGGCAAGAAAAUGCGGUGCAUUUGAUUGACGUGGAGUUCGCCGGCUUGAACUACCAGGCGUUUGACAUCGCCAAUCAUUUUUGCGAAUUUGCAGGUAUACUUGUUAUAAUGGAAUAUUUAUAUGGUUAUAUACGCUCGUAAAU